AUGAACGCAAGCUCAAUGCAACGACCGCCAAUCAUCAUCAUUGGCGCGGGUGUGGCUGGCCUUACGCUGGCGCAAGGCUUACGCCUUCGGUCAAUACCUUUUCGCCUCUUUGAACGCCAUCCAAAAUCGCACUCAUCUCAGGGGCAUCGUUUCCGUGUGUCGAAAGAGGGUCAAGAAGCUCUGAGUACCGUCCUGUCGUCUGAACUCAAAAACAUAUUCGCAAGCACGGCACCUGGCGUACCCCGGAUCGAGCCAAGAUACGUCGAUACCAGGAAUCUCGACUUUUCGAGACCCAAGCCAGUAGAUCCAGUCUCUAUACCGAUGGACAGGACAUGGUUCCGCAUGUUAUUUACCCUGGAUAUUGAAGAUGCCAUCGAGUAUGGGAAGGAGUUCAAAUCAUUUACAACUAUUGAUCAACAUAUUCAGGUCCAUAUCAAGGAUGGCUCGCAUGUGAUCGGGAGGCUCCUUGUUGGGGCAGAUGGCAUCAAGAGUCAUGUUCGCAGACAACUGCAGCCCGAACGCAAGUUUCUUGACUUGGAUCGUUGGGUCUUGUGGGGGCGAACCCCAAUGACAGAAAGUCUCAAGGAGUACUUAUCACAAGACCUCCUAAGCUGGUGCAUGUACCUUGACAACGAUGCCAAUGUUCAAGCCAUUGUUGAACCAAUGUACUGGCCAAUUAGCUUGGCUCAUAAGUCGCAACUCAGGUUACCCGAAUUCCAAGAUUAUUUGUAUUGGGUUAUAUGCACAGCUAAAGGACAAUUCUCGGCAGAAUUGCCCAAAACGACGGAAGAGAAGCAACGGUAUUUGAUGGAUGCGACCAAGGCCUGGCACCCUACACUAAAGGCUCUAUUUUCCUCGGCAUCACAUGAGCGAUCAGCUUGUGUUUGGGUCUUAUCCAGCAUACCAGAUAUAGAAAUCUGCUCAGGUAUUGGAACCAAGAGUGUUGUUCUCAUCGGGGAUGCAGCGCAUCCAAUGAGUCCCAUGGGAGGAUCAGGUGCUGAUACUGCAAUACGUACUGCAGCUGACCUGGCGGAAACUAUCGCUGAACAAGGCAUCACUCCAGAGAAAAUUGUCGAUUUCGAGCGACGCAUGGCUAUACUGGCAAAAGAAAAGAUCGAACAUUCUUUCAGUGGGGGUAAGAAAUUUUGGAAAGGUACAGAAUGGAACGAGUACAGGGAGAUGAACAUUUGA